UGGCUGUGUUGCAUGCUUUUAAGCUUAAUUUAUAAAAUACAGUUACAGGUAUUAAAUGUCCGAAACAAAACAAACAAACAAACACAAUGGCACACUGUAAUCUGCAUCUUUCAGUCUAUAAAUAUCCAUGGGCUAUUAGGACAAAUAGAUGCACCAUUACUAAAGCCAAUACCCUUAGCUACCUAGCUUGAGUAAAAAUGGCUUAUUAUUCACGUAGGUUGUUUUGUUUCCUCCUCUGCAACAUGGUUGCUUUAGCGUUCAUAGCUUCUUCUCACGCUAAUCUCUCUCCAACCUUCUACGACAAAGUAUGCCCUCAGGCCUUACCCACUAUUAAGAAAACAGUGGAAGCGGCUGUCAAGAAGGAGAGUCGUAUGGGGGCUUCCUUGCUUCGUCUUCAUUUCCACGAUUGCUUCGUCCAUGGAUGUGAUGCUUCAAUUCUUCUGGAUAAUGCCACCGGAAUUCAAACGGAGAAGACUACUCCACCCAAUAACAACUCCGUUAGAGGAUACGGAGUCGUAGAUCAAAUCAAGGCUGCAGUGGACAAGGUCUGCGGGGGUCCAGUAGUGUCAUGUGCAGACAUCUUGGCGGUUGCAGCUCGCGACUCAGUGGUUGCGCUAGGCGGACCGACAUGGCAAGUGCAAUUGGGGAGAAGAGACUCGAGCAGUGCAUACGCAAAUGAAACCACGGACCUCCCAGGACCAGCAUCGAACCUCUCGGCACUCAUCACCAACUUCAACAAACAUGGGCUGAACGUUAGAGACCUAGUGGCGCUGUCCGGAGGACACACAAUUGGGUUAGCACGGUGCACCACCUUCAGAUCCCACAUUUACAAUGAUAUCAACAUCCACCCUAGCUUCGCCCGUAACAGGCAAGCAAUUUGCCCCCAAUCUGGUGGAGAUAACAAUUUAGCUCCGCUAGACCACACAGCCUCACUCUUCGACACUGUCUACUUUAAAAACUUGUUGAAGAGAAAGGGUCUGCUCCACUCGGAUCAAGAAUUGUUUAAUGGUGCUGCUGGAUCUACCACCAAUUCGCUGGUGAAAACCUACAGCUCAAAUUUCGGAGCUUUCGCAUCAGAUUUUGCCAACUCUAUGAUUAAAAUGGGAAAUAUAAGGCCAUUAACCGGAAAACAGGGGCAGGUUCGAGUAAACUGUAGGAAGGUCAAUAGUUGAUUCAUUUUUAUUCACAAAAUGGUUUGAUGGUUUCCAUCGUGAGUCGUGAGUAGUGAGUACGUACGUACGAGGCCCGGGGUAAACAUGCACUUGCACCGCAUGUUAAUCGGAUUAUGGAAGGAAUAAAUAAUUAAUGGUACUAUUUUUAUAUGGUAGGAGGCGGUGUAUGAUUAUGGUUCUUACGUAAAUUAAUUGUCCAAAUUUUUUUCUUUUGAAAAUGACGUAAAUUGUAUGUGAAUAAUUAAAGGGAUGGAUGGAGGGAGAACAUACAUCGUGUUAAUCUCUCUCUGAAAACUUGUCAUCCGGCCGUGUUAAUCCUGUGGUGUUGAUGUUUGGUUGGAGGUGUGUCGGUGCGCAUGCAGGCUGGAGUUGCAGACACCUUUUGUCAACUGGCUGUCAUCCCCAGUUUGAUAUUUUUUGGUCAUUGGAAAUUUGGAAUUGAUGAUAAGAUGUGUGAGGUUCUGCUACUUUAUCUUAUUAAUGGAACUCCGACCUGAUAUUUGGAAUGGGUUAAAAUUAAUUUGUUUGUUUA